AUGGACGAGGAAGGUGUUUUUAAGUGGAAUCAUCGUACCAUCUUCACGUUUACAAGCUGGUACGAAAAUCAACCUGACAAUAUUAACAGUGCAGACUGUGCCAAAGUUUGCCGGAAUGGUCACUGGGAUGAUGUUCUCUUUGACUGUCCAAACUGGUGGGAUUGCUGUGAGCAUUGGGUAGGAGCUACUGAUAUGGACGAGGAAGGUGUUUUUAAGUGGAAUCAUCGUACCAUCUUCACGUUUACAAGCUGGUACGAAAAUCAACCUGACAAUAUUAACAGUGCAGACUGUGCCAAAGUUUGCCGGAAUGGUCACUGGGAUGAUGUUCUCUGUGAAGACCCAAAUACAUUCAUUUGUGAAAAAGAGUAA